UCAACCUGGGCCCAUCAUAAUGGCUCCCGCAAAGAAGGGUGGCGAGAAGAAGGGCCGUUCUGUCAUCAACGAGCUAGUAACCAGAAGGUACACCAUCAACAUCCACAAGCGCAUCCAUGGAGUGGGCUUCAAGAAGCAUGUCCCUCGGGCACUUAAAGAGAUCUGGAAAUUUCCCAUGAAGGAGAUGGGAACUCCAGAUGUGUGCACUGAAACCAGGCUUAACAAAGCCAUUUGGGCCAAAGGAAGAAGGAAUGUCCCAUACUGUAUCCGAGCGUGGCUGUCCAGAAAACGUAAUGAGGAUGAAGAUUUACCAAACAAGCUCUAUACGCUGGUCACCUAUGUACCUGUCACCACUUUCAAAAAUCUACCAACAGUUAAUGUGGAUGAGAACUAACUGCUGAUUGUCCAAUAGAGUUAUAAAACUGAAAAAAAAAAGAAGUAGAAA